AUGGGCCCUGAGGGACUGGGCUGCCCUCAGAUGCUGUGGCUGCUCCUCUGGAUUCAGCUGUGGAGGGGUGCUGUGGAGCUGAGGCUGGUGGAUGGUGAACAUCGCUGUGCAGGGAGAGUGGAAGUGAGACGAGAGCACGAGUGGGGCACCGUGUGUGAUGACUACUGGGACAUGGCUGAUGCAGAGGUGGUUUGUAAGCAGCUGGACUGUGGAGCUGCCCUUGGAGCUGCCCAUGCUGGCUAUUUUGGGCCAGGAUCAGGCCCCAUCUGGAUGGAUGAUGUGCACUGUAACGGCACCGAGUCUGCCCUGUCUGACUGCAAACAUGGAGGAUGGGGCAAACAUGGCUGUGCUCACAGUGAGGAUGCUGGAGUGAUUUGUUCAGUGUCUGAAGGUGCUGUGGAGCUGAGGCUGGCGGGUGGUGGCCAACGCUGUGCUGGGGGAGUGGAAGUGAGACGAGAGCACGAGUGGGGCACCGUGUGUGAUGACUCCUGGGACAUGGCCGAUGCAGAGGUGGUUUGUAAGCAGCUGGGCUGUGGGGCUGCCCUUCAAGCUUCCAAGCGUGGCACUUAUGAGCAAGCAUCUGGCUUCAUCUGGAUGGCUGACGUGCGCUGUAACGGCACCGAGUCUGCCCUGUCUGACUGCAAAUAUGCAGGAUGGGGUAAACAUGACUGCGACUGGAGUCAACAGGCCGGAGUGAUUUGUUCAGGAUUCGUGCGUCUGGUGGGAGGGCAGAGCCGCUGCUCAGGACGUGUGCAGGUCCAUGCCGGGGGGCAGUGGAAAGGCGUCUGCAGCUCCCACUUUGGUGCCCAGGCUGCUGCUGUGGCCUGCAGGGAGCUGCGCUGCGGCGGGGCCCUGUCUGUGUCUGGCACAGCUGCCUCUGGAGCAGGGCUGGGUGCCAGCUGGGACAGAGAGCUGCGCUGCGUGGGGAAUGAAUCCCAGCUCAGCUCCUGCCCCAUGGGGCCCUCGGGGGAGCGGCCCUGCAGCCAGCAGGACAGCGCUGUCCUCACCUGCACACAGUACGCAGGGUUCAGGCUGGCCAACGGCAGCACAGCGUGUGAGGGGAGGGUGGAGGUUCAGCUGCUGGAGACCUGGGGGACCCUCUGUGCCUCGCGCUGGGAUCUGGCCGAUGCCCACGUUCUCUGUCGGCAACUGGGCUGCGGCUUUGCCGAGUCCAUUCCUGGAGGAGAGCGUUUCGGCCCGGCGCCCGGCCCUGUCUGGAGAGACUCCUUCCACUGCGACGGGACUGAAGCCCGGCUGAGCCAGUGCCCAGUGACCGCGCUGGGGGCCUCCCCGUGCUCCCGCGGGAACAACGCCGCGCUCAUCUGCUCAGGCCCCGUGGGCUCCGGGUCCCUGCGGCUGGUGGGGGGAGGGAGCCGGUGUGCCGGGCGAGUGGAGAUCUCCCAGCACGGGACGUGGGGCAGAGUCCUGUCUGAGCAGUGGGACGUGGCGGAGGCCCGUGUGGUGUGUCGGCAGCUGCGGUGCGGAGAGGCAGAGACGGCCUACAACCCGCCCACGGCCGAGCGAGGGACGGGCCCCGUGGGGCUGCGAGGGGUGCGGUGCCAGGGACACGAGGCCCAGCUGAGCCUCUGCAACGUCUCCUGGCCAGGGAGGCCGGCGGUAGAGGGGGUCGUGGAGGACGUGGGGGUGGUCUGCGAGGGGAGCCGGCGCGUGCGGCUGGCGAACGGGCCCGGGCGCUGCGCCGGGAGAGUGGAGAUCUACUCCCAGGGCAGCUGGGGCAGCGUCUGCGACGACGGCUGGGACCUGCCCGAUGCCGCCGUCGUGUGCCGGCAGCUGGGCUGCGGAGGGGCCGUGCGGGCGCCGGGCUCUGCCGCCUUUGGGGAGGGCUCCGGGCACAUCUGGCUGGACGGCGUCAACUGCUCCGGGGCCGAAGCCGCUCUCUGGGACUGCCCGGCCGGGCCCUGGGGGCGGCACGACUGCGGGCACAAAGAGGACGCCGGAGCCGUCUGCUCAGAGUUCACGGCCCUGAGGCUGGAGAACAGCGACGGCUGCUCCGGCCGCCUGCAGGUUUUCUACAACGGGACGUGGGGCAGCGUUUGCUCCAACUCGCUGACUCUCGAGACGGUGUCUCUGGCGUGCAAGGAGCUGGGCUGCGGGGACACAGGGACCCUGGAAUUGCUCCUGCCCCAUGGCAGGGUGUCUGGCCCCGCCUGGCUGGACAACAUCCAGUGUGGGGAGAGAACCAGCUCUUUCUGGCAGUGUCCCUCCGCUCCCUGGAACCCGCAGUCCUGUGUCGAUCUGCGGGAGGAGAUCCACAUCACCUGCAACGGGCUUCGCUCUGCAGUGCCCCCAACCCCACCGGCCCCGUGCCCCAACGCCACGAGCUGCACAGACAGGGAGAGGAUCCGCGCCGUGGGAGGAGAGGACGGCUGCUCGGGCCGGGUGGAGCUGUGGCACCGCGGCUCCUGGGGGACGGUGUGCGACGACGCGUGGGACGUGCGGGAUGCCGAGGUGGCCUGCAGGCAGCUGGGCUGUGGGCCCGCCGUGGCCGCCCUGCCCGAGGCUGCCUUUGGGGAGGGCACGGGCCCCGUCUGGCUGGAGAAGGUGGAGUGUCAGGGCACAGAGGCGGCUCUGCAGCACUGCUGGGCCUGGCCCGGGGACCGUGGGCUCUGCCGGCACAAGGAGGACGCGGCCGUGCGCUGCGCGGGUGAAUGGCACUGCCCCUUCCGUGCUCUUGCCCAUGCAGGUCCCACACGAGGCCGUGUGAGCAGCGGCGGGAGAGUCUCGGUGCCCGUCAUCGUCUGCAUCGUCCUGGGGGCCCUUCUCUGCCUGCUCCUGGCCCUCCUGGCCGGGCAAGUGCUGAGGCGCAGAGGCUCCAGGAGAGCUCAGCAGCCCUUCCCCGAGGCCGUGUACGAGGAGAUCGGUUACAGCCCGGUGUGGAAGGAGCAGGAGAGGUUUGAGAGCUCAGACAGCCCCGUCCUGCCCGCAGGUGGCCCAGCGGAUGGCUACGAUGACGCCAGGGAGGUUUCUGAGCCCGAGGAGGCUGCUGGCCCUGGGCAGGGAGCUUGGCAAAGGCCCGGGGAGCUGGAGGAGGGACCAGGGCCCGGGGACGCGGCCGGAGGGGCGAAGCUGCGCUCCCGCAGAAGCGCCGGGGUCCCUGGAGCUGGAGGAGAGCCCUCGUCCCUGUCCCGGGGGAGCUGCGGCUACGACGAUGCCCAAGAGGUGUCUGUGGCACGUCCCCGUGAGGACACCAAGGCCGUGGCACCGCAGAUCCUGCUGAGGCUCUGUACAAUGCCUCUGCGCUUCUGCAGCAUGAUCCCAUACACUGUGCCCGGAGUGCUGGCACUGCUGGGCUGCUGGUGGCUCUACUCCUCUGGCAAAGAGCAGGGCAGCGCUCAGGAGGAACCAGCCACAGCCACCGAGGAAGCGCAGCAGGAAGGAGAUUUAAAUGGCACUGACAUGGGCUUGGUGGAACCUGCCUGUCCCGUGAGGAAGACAGGACCUGUCCGAAAGUCUCCCCCAAGAAGAAAAUCCCAGCAGUCCAACGUCAUUGUCUGGAGCUCGCUGCUCUUCAGCACCUCGCGGGUUUGUUUCCCGGCACUCGGCUGUGCGAGGCUUGCCCUCAGUGCCCAGGGCUCCGGCAGGGCCUGUAUCUCAGGGGGUGCUUUUAGCGAGCGGCGGCACGCGGCUCCUUCCCCUCAGCGGCCACGAGCAGGGGCAGCGCCCGUCGCUCCGGCACCGCGGCACCGUUCCAGUCGGGCGCCGUGCCGGGCGGCCCCGGGGCCGCGGCGGCGGCGGGUCGAGUCGGGCGCCGCUCGGGGCGGCCCCGUCGCCGCGGUAACGGGGCCCUUCCGUGCGGGCGGCGCCGGGGCCGAGCGCGGCUCGGCGGCUGCCGGAUCCUCGCCGGGAUUCCCCUCCCGGAGCCGCGGCGCCGCCGCCUCGGGGGCCUCUGGCACAAGGGAUCGCCGUGCCGACCGGCGGCUCGGGGAGAACGCGGCGUGCGGCGGUGCUCUGGAGGCCGGGACGGGCGGCUGGAGUCGGGCCGUGCCGGUGAGCGCAGGCUCGGCUCAGGGGCUGCGGCUCGCCGCGGCUGCUCCGGCCUCUCGGCUGCUGCCGGCCGCCGCCCUGGAGCUUGUCUGUGCUUCCCUCCCUGUGGCAGGUGCAGGGAAGCGGGCUGAAGGCAGCCGGGAACGCUGA